AUGGACCCUUAUGUUGUGUCUGACCCUUGUGUUGUGUCUGACCCUUGUGUUGUGUCUGACCCUUAUGUUGUGUCUGACCCUUAUGUUGUGUCUGACCCUUGUGUUGUGUCUGACCCUUGUGUUGUGUCUGACCCUUAUGUUGUGUCUGACCCUUGUGUUGUGUCUGACCCUUGUGUUGUGUCUGACCCUUGUGUUGUGACUGACCCUUAUGUUGUGUCUGACCCUUGUGUUGUGUCUGACCCUUAUGUUGUGUCUGACCCUUAUGUUGUGUCUGACCCUUAUGUUGUGUCUGACCCUUGUGUUGUGUCUGACCCUUGUGUUGUGUCUGACCCUUAUGUUGUGUCUGACCCUUAUGUUGUGACUGACCCUUAUGUUGUGACUGACCCUUAUGUUGUGUCUGACCCUUAUGUUGUGACUGACCCUUAUGUUGUGUCUGACCCUUAUGUUGUGUCUGACCCUUAUGUUGUGUCUGACCCUGUUGUGUCUGACCCUUAUGUUGUGACCCUUAUGUUGUUGACCCUUAUGUUGUGUCUGACCCUUAUGUUGUGUCUGACCCUUAUGUUGUGUCUGACCCUUUGUGUCUGA